CACAUCCUGUCUGACUGAACUGGGGUGUAAACUAUGAGCGGAGGCGCAGAGAGGGAACCACAGCGCGGCCCGACGCACGCACGCCGGAGCCGCUGGCUCGUUCAUCCCCACGGAGUGGAUGAAGUCGGAUUAUCUUUUCAGAGACCGAGAGAAGAGUUGCUGUUGUUGUUUUUUAAAAGAGCGAUGUCUCACGCAACCGUUAGGAUGUUUUCUCCGUGAUGUUCUGGGGAAACUAUUAUCGGACGAUGCUUUCGCUGUUUUGGGGAGGUUUUCCAUGGCUUAAAUGCAGGAGAAACUGUUAUUCCUUGUUUUGGACCGGAUGUAGUGUGGGUUGGGGCAGAGAUGCGUAAUGCACAAACCAAGCUCCAUCUUCUCUCCAAAUAGGCAGCGUUCAAGACUCGAAGAUGUCUACAUCGGAGGUGAAGAAGGAGUCCGCAGAGUCCAGUCCGUCGGAGGCCGCCUGCCUCUGCUCUCCGGCGGCCAAGAACCGGUGCGCCAGCUGCGGCAUGGAGAUCCAUGACCGAUACCUGCUGAAGGUCAACAACCUGAACUGGCAUUCAGGAUGUUUGGAGUGUUCCGUCUGCAGAGCGUCUCUGCGGCAACACAACAGCUGCUACGUGAAAAACAAAGAAAUCUACUGCAAACUGGAUUAUUUCAGGUUCGGCACUAAGUGCGCGCAGUGCGGCCGGCAGGUGUAUGCCAGCGACUGGGUGCGGCGCGCCCGGGGCAGCGUGUACCACCUGGCCUGUUUCGCCUGUUUCUCCUGCAAGAGGCAGCUGUCCACCGGGGAGGAGUUCGGCCUGGUGGAGGGAAGGGUGCUCUGCCGCAGCCACUACGACGUCAUGCUGGACAACCUGCGCCGAGCUGCAGAAAACGGGACAGGACUCACUCUGGAGGGAGCGCUGCCCUCUGACCAGGACUGCCAACCGAAGCCAGCCAAGAGGGCGAGGACCUCGUUCACUGCUGAGCAGCUGCAGGUGAUGCAGUCUCAGUUCGCUCAGGACAACAACCCCGAUGCUCAAACUCUACAGAAACUGGCAGAAAUGACGGGACUGAGCAGACGAGUCAUACAGGUUUGGUUUCAGAACUGCCGGGCGCGACACAAAAAGCAGCCGCCCCUGAGCGGGUAUCCUCCGGGGGCCCCGAUGUCCAGGAUGCCUCCGUCGCUGCCGGACGACGUGCACUACUCGCCCUUCGGCAGCCCGGACCGACCGCACCUGCUGGCCCUGCACGGAUACCUGGACGCUCACCCCUUCUCCGUCCUCGCCGCCCCGGGCCACUUGAACCAUCCGUCCAUCUCUUUACCGCAGCUUCCCAUCAGCCGCUGACCUCCUGUUUACACCUUUUUUUUUUUGUCUGAUGUUGUGAAAAAAACGAGUUCCUUUCGGGACGUCCUGUCAGUAAUCUGCUCUUUUUGGGGAAACUCGUCCGUCGGGGCAGCAAGGACCUCGGCCAUCUGUUUUCAACGGGUUGGAUUCUUCUUUGACUGCACAGAUCUUUCCCACUUUCAUUCCAACGUGGGAAUUUUUUUUAAAUUUUGUUUAUUUUUUUAUUUUUGCAAAUAAGAAGACCACUUACAUUUUAUUUUUCCUCUUUUUUGUUGGGAGACAAAACGUUGCAUCAGGUCAGGAUUGUUUUCCCACUCAAGGUAUUUUAAUGCUUUUGCUGCAACAUGGAACCAGAGUGUUGUAGCAGUGUUACAGUAAAACCUCAGCAAUUGUUUUUUGUAUCGGUGAUGAGCACGUUUGCAGCUUUAGUGUUAUUUGUUGUUGUAUUGUUGUCAGGAAACUCCUAUUUAUUCAGAACAAAACUUAACCUUUGAAAAAAAAAGCACUUUUAAAUGUGUCUUGAAAUGAAAUAAUUCAGUGAUUGUACAUUGUAAAUACUGCUACAGUUUAAUAAAAAUGUAUCAGAGCCGUUAUGAAAA